AUGGCCGGCCCCAGCAAGUCUCUGGUCCUUGACCCGGCGCUCCAGAAAUACUACGAGCUCAACGCCAACCGCUACAAGUACUUCAAGUGGACCCCGCGCCACGCCUGGACCUCCAUCAUCUAUGCCAUCGCUAUCCCCGCCACCUUGACCUUCGUCGCCUACAAGACCGAUGGCCUCUUCGAACUCCGUGGCAAGCGCAAGGAUGACACCAUGGUCGAGUGGUAG